GAGGAGCGGCAUAUCCCAUGCCUGGCUGUGCACUUUGCUACCUAUGAUUGAUUGUUUUCUCACACAAGCUCGUGUUUUUUUACCACUUUGUCAUGUGUUCCCGCCGAAGUUCCCAUUAGGUUUGUCAUGGAGCUGGCCGCGAUUGACGUCACCGAGAGCGAACCCGACACACCACCCGAUAAGACAGCCCCUCCAUCAUAUCUCGAAUAGACAUUGCCAUCACCCAAACUCUCACCUGGCAUAUCUAUGUUUAACCAGCACCAGGCUCACCGACUGACUGAGAGCUACGUGCCGCAGCAUUGUUAGACCGGACCCUAGCGCAUUGUCUCUAGGGUAGGUGCUGCAGCAAGUACGCACAUCGACAACCACAUGGCGCAGACUGCAAACAUAGUCCACAGAGCAUUCUCCAAUAUGCUCCAAUCUCAACACAUCCAAUGCGAACCACUCACUCUGAGUCUUCUCCCUUCUUCAUACACCUACUAGGGAGUAGUCCAAGCUCGCCAACGGGACUGAAAAAAUCUUCAACUCAAUAUAUCCCGCAUUAAAUUCUCCCGGAUCCAUCCGACAACGGGCACAACCAAUCAUGGGAAGUGGACUACCACUUCAAUAGGUUCCAUGGUCUAACGGUUAUGACUGCGGAUUCUGAUUCCGCCAGCGAGGGUUCGACUCCCCCUGGAACCUUUCCUUUUGCUGUUCAGGAGCCUCCGUGGUGAGGUUCAAGUGUUGGGAACUCAGACUCUCUUUUUGAGCCGGGAACGUCCAUGAUCUGACAGACAACCCCUGUUAUGUAAAGGAAUAACUGAUAAAUGAUUCAUGGCUGAUUUGCCGUUAUUUGGAGGAUGUCAGUCAUUGUUGUUAUGCUGACCGAAUCACGGACAAUUGGCAGAAAUGUGACGAAGAAGAUGAUGAAUCCAGUAACUAACCAUGUAAAUAUCAAUUGUCAACUCGUGUGUUAUUGACCGCUCCUUCUAGAUGUUCAGUGAGUAAGAGCGAAACUGCUCCCCAGACUUUCAGUGAAUACAUUGCACCAAGAAAACUA